AAUGCUAUGUGUGUUGCAUAUUGUGUACUCACUCACUCAUAGGUAUAGAUUAAUUGGACCCUGGAAUGUAUUUUGUGUAUUUUGGAAUGUAUUUUGGUUCACAUAGGGCCUAGUCCGCCGGCCACAACAGUAUGACAUGGUAUGGUUAUUGGUUACUCGUUGUCAUUCUCAUCGGUUUGAUUAAAGGACUGAGAAGCCAGUUACGCAGCUGGUCGAUGCGGGCGGCCUCUGGGCGACAGCUCCGUGGUGGUCAGAGUCAGAGCAGCGGAGCACCGGGCCGCGGUCGUGGCGCGCCCGUCAGACGCGCCCGGUGCCUGUGUUGCAGUGAUGGCGGCGCGGCGCGCGCUGCUGCUGGCGACGCUGCUGGUGUGGCCUCCGGACCCGGCCGCCGGCUGCGCGUCCACCGUGCUGCAGGGCGGCACUCUGGCCGACUCGGAGCUGGUCGAGCCGCCGGUCAGCACGGCCACCAGCUGCGCCUGCUGCGGCCUCUGUCACCAGCGGCGCCACUGCGCCAGUCUGAGCUUCACGGCCGCGGACGGCACGUGCCGGCUGUACCGGACCGUGCCCGACUUCCGCCGGCUGCGGGUGGCCGCCGGCAGCGCGCUGUUCGUCCGGCCGGGCCGCUCCGAGCACCGCCAGUUCUGCCGGCUGGACACCGACUGCCUGGAGCCGGACGACAGGUGCUACGGCCGGCUGUGUACCACCGACGUCACGGUCACCUGCCGCGACCUCAGCGAGACGUACGGCGCGCCGGCCAGCGGCCUCUUCUACGGCUCCGUCGACGGCGCCACCAUCCGGCUCUACUGCCGAGAGAUGAACGGCACCACAGGCUGGACCAAGAUCGGCUACUUCACCACAGGGAGUACGGGCUGGGACCGGUCCAACAUACUGGAGCGGAACGUGGACAACCCGCACGGCGCCUAUUCGCUGCUGGCGCGGGCUGAUAAGCUCCGUCUGUCGGGCGCCCGGCAGCGUUACCAGAUCCGUAUCGUGGGCAAAAGGUCCACGGGCGGCUACCGCGGCUUCAUGGGCUCGCUGCCCACCAGCCAGAGCCUGGUGAUCCACUCGGCCGACGAGGCUGCGCAGAGCGCCGAAAACGACUUCAUUUUGGAGAAGGACAUCGGCGGAUACGUGUCCGACAGCCGCAGCAAGGGCCAGUUCCGACUGCCCUGGCUGCCGGCCACCGGCCACUCGCUGCUGUCGCUCGGAAAGCCGCAGGGAGACAACCAGAUCUUCUGGACCAUGAUCGGCACCAACAACAAACCCCAUCUGGACGGAUCCGACUUCUACGAAUAUGUCACCUAUUAUAUCAGAGAGUAGAGCGGGGCACUUAGGACCUACUCAUCACCAUCAGACAACUGAGAUAAUGCUUCUGCAUACUACAUACAUACGGCUAUAACUAUAGCUGCACAUGAAUGAAAUAGCAUAAUGUUAUCAGUCGUGCCGGCGGCGCUAGGUACCCUUUUCGUAGUUGCGGUAACUGAGGGCGAGGCGACCUCGCCCUGCACAGUGCGCGCCGGCAUCAGUUGACUCGUGCACAGCGAUAGUGUUCAGGAGAAACCCGGUGCUAUACAUAUACGGCGGCGAGUUCGGCACUCGGCCUGAGCACUGCACUGCACCAUACCUACUGCACCCUCUCAACUCGACGAAUCGCGCCGGCGUUCAAACCUCAUGUGAGCUUCAAACAUCGACGAGUCGGUAUC